GGUUGCGCAGGCGCAGUACUAUAAUCUCGCUCAGUAGUCCCUGAACACGUGGGUUGGGUUGUCCCGCGCGGCUGCGGAGGGAGUGCAACCUCGAUUUUGGUGGUGUCCAUCGUGGGCAGCGAACUAAUAAAGGCCAUGGCGCCGGCGGCAGUCCUGAACGGGAAGGUGGUCUCCGCGCAAAUUAGGGAGAGACUGAAGAACGAAGUCACUCAGAUGAAGGAGCAAGCACCUGGUUUCACACCAGGCCUGGCAAUUUUACAGGUUGGCGAGAGAGAUGAUUCCAAUCUUUAUAUAAAUGUGAAGCUGAAGGCUGCUGAAGAGGUUGGGAUUAAAGCCACUCACAUUAAAUUACCAAGAACGGCCACAGAAUCUGAGGUGUUAAAGCACAUUAGAUCUUUGAAUGAAGACUCUACUGUACAUGGAUUCCUACUGCAGCUACCUUUAGAUUCAGAGAAUGCUAUUAAUACUGAAGCAAUGAUCAAUGCUAUCGCACCUGAAAAGGAUGUGGAUGGAUUGACUAGUAUCAAUGCUGGGAAACUUGCUAGAGGUGAUCUAAAUGACUGUUUCAUUCCUUGUACGCCUAAAGGAUGCUUGGAACUCAUCAAAGAGACAGGGGUGCAGAUCGCUGGAAGGCACGCUGUAGUGGUUGGGCGCAGUAAAAUAGUGGGAGCCCCAAUGCAUGACUUGCUUCUGUGGAACAAUGCUACAGUGACCACCUGCCACUCCAAGACUGCCAAUCUGGGCGAGGAGGUAAAUAAAGGUGACAUCCUGGUGGUUGCAACUGGUCAGCCUGAAAUGGUGAAAGGAGAGUGGAUCAAACCUGGGGCAAUAGUCAUCGACUGUGGGAUCAAUUAUGUCCCAGAUGAUACAAAGGCAAAUGGGAAAAGGAUUGUGGGUGAUGUGGCAUACCACGAGGCCAAAGACAGGGCGGGCUUCAUCACUCCUGUUCCUGGUGGCGUCGGGCCCAUGACGGUGGCAAUGCUGAUGCAGAGCACAGUAGAGAGUGCAAGGCGUUUCCUGGAGAAAUAUAAGCCAGGAAAGUGGAGUAUUCAGUAUAACAAACUUAACCUGAAGACACCUGUUCCAAGUGACAUUGAUAUAUCACGAUCUUGCAAACCAAAGCCCAUUGGUACACUGGCUCGAGAAAUUGGUCUGUUCUCUGAAGAGGUGGAACUGUAUGGUGAAACAAAGGCCAAAGUCCUGCUGUCAGCACUGGAACGCCUGAAACACCAACCCGAUGGGAAAUACGUGGUGGUGACUGGAAUAACCCCAACGCCCCUGGGAGAAGGGAAAAGCACAACCACAAUCGGGCUGGUGCAAGCCCUGGGUGCCCAUCUUUUCCAGAACGUCUUUGCGUGUGUGCGACAGCCCUCCCAGGGCCCCACCUUUGGAAUAAAAGGAGGUGCUGCAGGAGGUGGCUACUCCCAGGUCAUUCCUAUGGAAGAGUUUAAUCUCCACCUCACUGGUGACAUCCAUGCCAUCACUGCAGCUAAUAACCUCGUUGCUGCGGCCAUUGAUGCCCGGAUAUUCCAUGAACUGACCCAGACAGACAAGGCUCUCUUUAAUCGUUUGGUGCCAUCAGUAAAUGGAGUGAGAAAGUUCUCUGAUAUCCAAAUCCGAAGGUUAAGGAGACUAGGUAUUGAAAAGACUGACCCAACCACACUGACAGAUGAAGAGAUAAGCAGAUUUGCAAGAUUGGAUAUUGAUCCAGAAACCAUAACUUGGCAAAGAGUGUUGGAUACCAAUGAUAGAUUCCUGCGGAAGAUCACAAUUGGACAGGCUCCAACGGAGAAAGGGCAUACACGGACGGCCCAGUUUGAUAUCUCAGUGGCCAGUGAAAUCAUGGCUGUCCUGGCCCUCACCAGUUCUCUAGAAGACAUGAGAGAGAGACUGGGCAAAAUGGUGGUGGCGUCCAGCAAGAAAGGGGAGCCCGUCAGUGCCGAAGAUCUGGGGGUGAGUGGCGCAUUGACAGUGCUUAUGAAGGAUGCGAUCAAGCCUAAUCUCAUGCAGACGUUAGAGGGCACUCCAGUGUUCGUCCAUGCCGGCCCGUUUGCCAACAUCGCACAUGGCAAUUCCUCUAUCAUUGCAGACCGGGUUGCACUCAAGCUUGUAGGCCCAGAGGGGUUUGUAGUGACUGAAGCUGGAUUUGGAGCAGACAUUGGAAUGGAAAAGUUUUUUGACAUCAAAUGCCGGUACUCUGGCCUCCGCCCUCACGUGGUGGUGCUCGUUGCCACUAUCAGGGCUCUUAAAAUGCACGGGGGCGGCCCCACGGUCACUGCAGGAUUGCCUCUUCCCAAGGCUUACAUAGAGGAGGACCUGGAGCUGGUUGAAAAAGGCUUCAGUAACUUGAAGAAACAAAUUGAAAAUGCCAGAAUAUUUGGAGUUCCAGUUGUAGUGGCUGUAAAUGCGUUCAAGACGGAUACAGAGGCUGAGUUGGACCUCGUCACCCGCCUUGCCAGAGAGCAUGGAGCUUUUGAUGCCGUGAAGUGCACUCACUGGGCAGAAGGGGGCAAGGGUGCCUUUGCCCUGGCGCAGGCUGUCCAGAGAGCAGCACAGGCACCCAGCAGCUUCCAACUCCUUUAUGACCUCCAGCUCCCAGUUGAGGAUAAAAUCAGGAUCAUUGCGCAGAAGAUCUACGGGGCAGACGACAUUGAAUUGCUGCCUGAAGCUCAACACAAAGCUGAAGUCUACACAAAGCAGGGCUUUGGGAAUCUACCCAUCUGCAUGGCCAAGACACACUUGUCCUUGUCUCACAACCCAGAGCAAAAAGGCGUGCCUACAGGCUUCGUUCUGCCUAUUCGUGACAUCCGUGCCAGUGUUGGGGCUGGUUUUCUGUACCCCUUAGUAGGAACGAUGAGCACAAUGCCUGGACUCCCUACCCGGCCUUGCUUUUACGAUAUUGAUUUGGACCCUGAAACUGAACAGGUGAAUGGACUGUUCUAAACAGAUCAAUCCAUCUUCAAGAAGCUACUUUGAAAGUUUGGCCAGUAUCUCUUCAGGCCCACUGGGAGUUAGUCAAGAGAAGUCAGCUCCUUCCCUGAAGAUCUUCUGAAAUAUAUAGUGGGAGUUUCUCCAGAAGCCUUUCAUCAGCCUUAAUUCUCAUCAUCAUGUAUAAAUUAACAUAAAUCAUGCACAUUUCUAUUUACUUUAGUGAAGUUCCACAGAAUAAAAGGAAAUAAUUUUGCAA